GUGGCUGUUGUGGCUCGGACCAGAAGACGUACGUGGUGGGAGGAUGGGCCUGGGCGUGGUGGUUCCUGUCAGAUGCACAAGCGAAAGUAAUGCAUCCUGCCACGCUGCAGAAACCGCUCAGUAACGGUUUGAGGAACAUGAGCUCAACUUUGAGUUCAAGGUGUUGAGUUCAAGGUGAAAUUCUUCACAUCUCAAUCUGACCAAACAUCUGUGGUAUGUUCCGGACCAAAAAAGUCCGAUCCACGGAUGCGCCACCUCUCGGCUUGCAGGACUUAAAGCAUCUUCUGCUAAGGUCUUGGUGCCAGAUACCACAAGGACUCCAAUACCUUGAUGGGUCGGACCUGUUAUACUGGGACAAGGGGACAAAAAUGACAUUAGGCAGGUGGUUUUAAAGACACUAGACUUACACUCGAGAUAAUGACUUUACAACCCAAGUGUGAAAGCGUGGAGACGGCAGAAGGAGUGGCCAUUACGGUCACUGGAGUGGCUCAGGUGAAGGUUAUGACGGACCAUGACCUGCUGGCCAUUGCCUGUGAGCAGUUCUUGGGGAAAUCUGUUAUGGAAAUCAAGGGUGUGGUCCUGCAAACCCUGGAAGGGCAUUUACGCUCAAUUUUAGGCACAUUAACAGUCGAGCAAAUCUACCAGGACAGAGACAAAUUUGCCCAGCUGGUGCGUGAGGUCGCAGCACCUGACGUGGGCCGAAUGGGCAUCGAGAUCCUGAGCUUCACCAUCAAAGAUGUGUACGAUAAGAUGGACUACCUGAGCUCGCUGGGGAAAACUCAGACGGCUGCUGUGCAGAGGGACGCAGACAUCGGUGUAGCCGAGGCAGAAAGAGAUGCCGGCAUUAGAGAAGCCGAGUGCAAGAGGGAAAUGAUGGACGUGAAGUUCUUAGCCGACACCAAAAUGGCCGAUUCCAAGAGGGAGCUGGAGCUGCAGAAAGCAUCGUUUAACCAGGAAGUGAACACCAAGAAAGCAGAGGCUCAGCUGGCGUACGAGCUCCAGGCGGCGAAGGAGCAACAGAAGAUCCGUCUGGAGGAGAUCGAGAUCGAGGUGGUGCAGAGGAAGAAGCAGAUUACCAUCGAGGAGAAAGAGAUCGACAGGACAGAGAAGGAGCUGAUCGCUAUGGUCAAGCGUCCUGCCGAGGCAGAGGCUUACAAGAUGCAACAGCUGGCUGAGGGCCAUAAGAUAAAGAAGGUGUUGAUCGCACAUGCAGAGGCGGAGAAGAUCCGGAAGCUUGGCGAGGCGGAGGCCAAAUCUAUCGAGGCGGUGGGCAAAGCGGAGGCAGAGAAAAUGAAACUGAAGGCAGAAGCCUACCAGCAGUAUGGAGAAGCAGCCCAAACUGCUCUGGUCUUAGAAGCACUGCCAAAGAUUGCUGGCAAAGUCGCUGCACCUCUAGCCAAAACCAGUGAGAUUGUUAUUCUAAGUGGAGACGGCAGCAAAGUGACAGGGGAAGUGAAUCGCCUACUGGCCGAGCUACCUGUGACCGUCAACGCACUUACAGGAGUGGAUCUGUCCAAGAUCCCUCUGCUGCAGAAGAUGACCAACACUCAAGCCUGAGACGUGACGGAGUUCGAGACCUCUUCCUUUUUAAUAUGAUUUAUGCACUCACUAUGAAUGCCUUCGGAACACUUAAAACGUUAAAAUAAUGAAGUUCAGAACUGAUUUUCGAUGCCUCUGGUGCCUUACUGUUUUAUAGGACCAGAAUAUUUGCAUGUACUGCUGCUCCUCAUUUCCUCUUCAUGUUUAUAUGUUCUUACUAUUUAUUUGUGACUGAUCCGGUACACUACAGUACGUAUUGAGACGAUACACAGGUUUUUCAUUGUAGCAUUGUAUUUUAUAUGCAUGUAAACCCAUGUCAUAAAGUAUGUCAUUUUAGUAUCUAUUUUUUUUUUCUUUUCAUAGGUCAUUUUUAUUAUACAUGUAUCUGCCUGUAUUGCAGCUGCUGAUGUUUUAGAGGUCAGUUAUUCAGGAAAUACUAAAAUUGCCACAAAGUCUACAGAGUACUGUUUUAAAGCAUAACUUCUGUACUCUUGGAUGCAAUCAAUCAAGUGCUACUACUUUAUACUUCCCUCCUUCAUAUAUCGUUAGCUGGAUAAUUAAAGUCAGUCUCCGAUAUUCCUACGUGGAAUACAUCUUCUGUCGUUUAAAAUGUUUUUAGUGCAUUUUAUUAGUGAAUGAAUAUUGAUGAUUAUUUAACUGUGAAGUGUUUUUGGAAAAUACCUUAUCAUUAGCUUUGGAAGGGGAUUGUCCAGGGGCUAAAUGGGUUGUGGGUGUACAGGUUUUCUCUGUGUGGAAAUGCAGUGAUCAGGGAUGAUGAAGGAUUGCAGAGUCUAAUAUCACUUGUCUGAUUCUAGGUCCAAGUCCCAGGAUGCCCAUUUGUCAAUCUGGUAACUAUGUGACCUAUCAGAAGCACUACUAUAUUUACAUUAGACAGAAUAAAUGAUCAUUUUUAAUCCAUCCAUAAUACAGAACAUUCCAGAUCUAACACUGAGCAGUCGAGGGUUGAAGACCUCGCCUGUAGCGGCUGAUCGUCAGAGCUGCCGCUGUUCGUUUUUUUAAUAUCAUUUUUGUCUUGCAUUAACGUCCCGUGUCACAUCGUAUAUAUAUCCAUAGAUGUUUCUACACGGUUUAUGUAAUCUGUCACUGUGAAAGUUCCUGUCCAUUUCUUCUGUUAGAAUUUGUUGAUGUGUAUUGUGUAUAUGUGCCACGCUCAGUUGUGUUGUGAGCGGCAGUAACCGUUAUAUCCUUGUUGUUUUAUUUUUCUUAUAAACUGAUGCUGACUACAGACAACGAAGCCAAGAAAUCUGUCAUUUCUUUUUAGUCGAUUCGUUUAUAUGAAACUGAAAACCAAAACCACACACAAACAUUAUACAUUAGGGGCAAUCACUUUACUUUUAUUUAUGUUUUUUCCCCCACAGAAUAUUAAACAGUUCAGAGUUGAAGCCUGCUCUUAAAUUCAUGUGAAGAUUUUCUGCAUAGGUUACAAGGCAGACUUAGUGUGUUACUAUUCUGUUCUAUAUUGAGCUCUGGUCUCUUUAUAAUCAGGACUGUUAAAGCCAUAACAUUAUAGAUCCAUACAUUAUUUUAAGAUGAUAUGUAAUUUGCAUGGCAUUCAUUUCUGAAAUGUAUCGUCAUGCUUUCAGAACUUCUAUUUCAUCAGAGCUUCGACGGCAAAAUGUUUUGUGUGUUCUAUAUUAGACCUUAAUCUUAAAAUGUACCAACGUUUUUACUGAAAUUAAACUGUGCAUGGUUUUUUUGCAUGUGUGUUCAAAUGAAAUAAAUGUUCAGUGCUCAGA